UGAUGGUCUGCCCUAAGGUGUGCAGAUGAUAUGAUUCCUGCUUUCUACAAUGCCUGUCUCAGCCCAUCUACCUUCUUUCUCAUGGGUGUACCUCAGCUGGAAGCGGUCCAUGUAUGGCUGUCCAUCCCCUUUGGCUCCAUGUAUGUCAUGGCUGUGCUGGGGAAUUGCACCAUCCUCUUUAUCAUCAAGGAAGAGCCAAGUCUCCACCAGCCCAUGUAUCUCUUCCUUUCCAUGCUGGCUGUAACUGAUUUGGUGCUUUCCUCCUCCACACUGCCCAAAAUGCUAGCCAUCUUCUGGUUCGACAACAAGGAGAUUGGCUUCCACUCAUGUCUCCUCCAGAUGUUCACCAUCCAUUCUUUUGCCACAGUUGAAUCAGGGAUUUUCCUGGCUAUGGCAUAUGACCGUUAUGUGGCGAUAUGUACCCCCUUGAGACACAAGGCUAUCUUAACCCCUUCAACUGUUGCUAAGAUUGGGGUGGCUGCUGUUCUGAGGGGCUUCUUUUACAUCUCACCCCUUCCUUUGCUUGUAAGAAGACUGACUCACUACCGCACCAAUAUCAUUGCACACUCUUAUUGUGAGCACAUGGCUGUGGUGAUGCUCUCCUGUGAGGAUACCUCCAUCAGCAACAUCUAUGGUGUGACAAUUGGCUUUGUGAUACUUAUCAUUGACUCCCUGGGCAUCGGUGUAUCUUAUGUUUUCAUCCUCCGGGCAGUGAUGAAUUUGGACACAGCAGAAGCCCGAUUAAAAUCUUUUAGCACUUGUAGCUCCCAUAUUUGUGCCAUUUUAGCUUUCUACAUCCCCAUAGCAGUCUCCUCCCUGAUCCAUAGGUUUGGCCACCUGGUGUCUCCUCCAACUCAUAUCCUUUUGGCCAACUUCUAUCUCAUCUUUCCUCCUGUUUUAAAUCCCAUUGUUUACACUGUCCGGACCCAAGUAAUGCAGAGGAAGUUAGUCAAGAUGCUAUUCUGGGCUCAGAGACCAACUAGAGGCCUUUUCUAAGCUUUUCAGAAACAGAUUUUUUAAAUGUGUAAUGAGUCUAUUGAAUUAAUAUCAACCUGAGCAGUCCAGAUGGGAAUGUCAAUGUCCUGACACAAGCCUGAAGGUUAUUUGGGUUUGCAUGGGGAGGAACGGGUUCAGCCCUGACUAGAUCAAGUAGCUGAGAUUAUUUGGAUCCCCUGGAGUUGGAGAUCUGGGCACUUAUCAUCUUUGGUCUUGUGUGGGGUGAUACUUCCCCAUCAACACUGCAUACAAUUUAGGGAUUCUCCUGGACGAGCCUAUGCUUCUAUGACUAA